UAUCCAUAAAGUUUUUAUUUGAAUAGUGGACAUAUAAGAAAACUUAAAAUAUUGAGUGAAAUAUGAUAAAAUCUUAAGCAACAUCACACAUUAAUGAAUCACAUUAGAUUGCAAAUAAAUUAAUAAAUACCUACAUUAUUAUUACUUUAGUGCUAAAUAAUUUGCAUAUAAAUUAUGUUAUAAAAUGGGCAUAGAAAGUUCUCACAUGAAUGGCCUACAGUUAGAAGAAAAAGCCAUCGAAACAACAGACUACUGGACUUUAUAUUCUGCUUCCAAUGGCGAAACAAAACUAUCAAUUUUCAAAAGCAAAACAGGCAUACACGGUCAAUCAUGGACACUGGAAAAGAUGACAAAGAACCUGAUGCUGCAUCGGCAUCCAUUCAUCUUGAAGUACGUAUCAUCCUGGAACAAAGGUACAGAUUUUUAUUUAGCAGUUGAAAGUGCCAAGCCUCUUCAUUUAUACCAGAAUCAGUUAUCGAGUAUACAGAUAUGUCUGGGAUUGAGGAAUGUAAUAGGUGCUCUAGUGUUUUUGCACGAGCAGGCACAUGCUUUUCAUAAUAAUAUAUGUAUAUCCAGUAUUUAUGUAACGCAGAAUGGUACUUGGAAGUUGGGUGGUUUGGAGUUUUUGAUGGCAAAGUCAAAAAUGACUGCAGAGUUUUUGGCUAAGUCUAAGGGGUAUAGAUACACGAAAUCUAUUGAUCCUGAUGAAGAGAAGAAUAAUGGGAGCGGUUGUGAUCAGUAUGCGUUUGCAAACUUGGUUUUGGAUUUGCAGAAACAUUUAAAACAUGAUGAUGUAGCUGGUUUUGAUGAGUUUAGUAAAUAUUGUUCGGCGCAUUUGAAACAUCAGAAUUUUGUGAUGAGACCACAAUUUUCAUCGUUACUUCUGCACCCUUUUUUUAACCAUGAUAUAAUUAUGUUGCAUUCGUUUUUAAGUGACUUGCCUAUAAAGUCUAACAAAGAAAAAACUGAAUUUUUUAAAAAGUUGCAUGGGGUUUUGAUGUCUUUGGAUGAACAAGAAACAGCAACACAUCUGGGUGAGCUUUUGAUAUCAAGAAUGGUGCUUUUAGAUUUAACUGCACAAGAAUUCUUGUUACCAUAUUUGUUUAAUCCAAAAACAAAAACAAAUCCUGAUGGUUUAUUCACAGAACCAGUAUUUAAAUCUAUUAUAGCACCCAAAUUGUUAAACGUAUUUAGGGUUAGAGACUUGCAGAUCCGCAUGAUACUUUUGCACCACUUUCCAAGUUUUAUAAAGUUAUUCAAAAAAACAGAUUUACAAGAACAUAUUUUACCAGAGCUUUUACUCGGCAUAAAAGACAGUAAUGAUGAGUUAGUUGCUUUAACACUGCGCUCUUUAGCUGAACUGGUGCCUUUAUUAGGCUCUUCUGCUGUUAUAGGAGGUAAAAGAGAAAAAUUAUUCUCCAAUGGCAAACCAAAAGAUUUAGUACCGAUAGAAAAAUCUUCAAACCUAACCUUACUGACAAAUACUGAACGCCCAUCACCCGAUGGCGAAGAAGACCAUUGUGUCAACAAUUCAGUAUCCAAAGACACCGAAGACUGGAAAGACUGGGAUAACGAUCACAAAAUAUCAGAACCCACUCCUAUUAUCGAACAAAAACCAAUAGUUAUUAAUGAUAUAUUAAAUUUAGAUAUAAAAGUAAAUAAAUCAAAGCCCGUUGAACAAGAUAAUGAAUUAGAUUUGUUCCAUGAUAUGGAACCAGUUAUACAAGCAUCGAAUGUGUUUUUAGUUGAUGAAGUUGCAAAAACUAAUUUAGAACUGAAUAGUUUUGCUUCAAAUAAAUUUGAGGUGUCCAAUACGUUGGUGGAUGAUGGCUGGGACGACACAAGUAAUUGGAGCGAAUAAUAAUAUGUUAUAUUAUUUAUAUAUGUAUGUAUGUAUGUAAUCACAGACAUUUUAUUAAUA